ACCGCAUUUUAGGCGCUUUAGGGUUUCAUUUUUCCGUCCUAACUGAAGAGUUCCGUGUCGGCGACUUCCUGGUUUGGUGAUUUGGGUGUAGUGUUUUCUUCGUCGGAGAUGGCGGUGGACAUAGGACGAGCAACUGCAAGGAAGGUCCGGUGGGGAGAACUCGACGAUGACGCUGAAGACAUGGAUUUCUUUCUUCCGCCGAGGAUGGUAAUUGGACCAGAUGAGAACGGCGUGAAGAAGAUGAUUGAGUACAAGUUCAACGAUGAUGGAAACAAGGUUAAGAUCACGACCACGACACGCACGCGCAAGCUUGCGCGCGCUAGGCUUAGCAAGCGUGCUCUGGAGCGCCGGGCAUGGGCAAAGUUCGGCGAUGCUGCUCACGAGGAUGCCAGCAGCCGACUUACUAUGGUUUCUACGGAAGAAAUUAUUAUUGAGAGGCCUCGGGCACCUGGUAGCAAAGUGGAAGAACACAAGUCCUCCGGAGACCCACUCGCGUCCAUGGUGAAAGCUGGGGCUGUCCUCAUGGUCUGCAGGACAUGCGGCAAAAAGGGUGAUCAUUGGACUUCAAAAUGUCCUUACAAGGAUCUGGCCCAGCCAACCGAUACCUACAUCGACAAACCUCCAACAGCAGAAACUUCUACAGGUGCUGCCGGCAAGUCGACCUAUGUUCCUCCAGGCAUGAGAGCAGGUGCUGAUAGGAGCGGCACCGAGAUGAGGCGCAGAAAUGACGAGAAUUCGGUGCGUGUUACGAAUCUUUCUGAGGACACAAGGGAGCCCGACCUUCACGAACUUUUCCGCACCUUCGGUCCGGUGAGCCGUGUUUAUGUUGCUGUGGAUCAGAAAACUUCGGUGAGCAGAGGGUUUGGGUUUGUAAACUUCGUCCACCGAGAGGAUGCGGAGAAGGCCAUUAAUAAGCUGAAUGGGUAUGGUUAUGAUAAUCUCAUUCUCAGAGUUGAGUGGGCUACUCCCAGGCCUAAUUGAGUUGGUUUAUUUGUGGAUUAUUAUGGGUUUGCUUUAUUUGUUGCUGCUGUGUUUUCUGACGUUUGCAUGUAUUUUCCAUAUAUUGUAGAAACCUUUAAUAUAUUUCAUUUUUUUGCCCAACUUAUAAAGCAUGGUUGAAAUUUGGUUGG